AUGGCGUCCAAGUUAGCUGGCAAAGCUAAGAAAAAGGACUUGGUAAAGGUCAUUCACCCGCCUUUUAUAAAAACGAAUAUUCGGUAAGGACUGAUUCGGUAUUCAGCUUAACUUUUCUUUACAGGGCUCAAAUGGCAUCCGCAGCGCCGCCUUUGGGACCCCAACUGGGUCAAAGAGGUCUCAACGUCGCCAAUUUUUGCAAAGACUUCAAUGCAAAGACCAGCCAUAUAAAACCUGGGGCUCUUUUGCCUACAAGAAUUUAUAUUAAGCCUGAUCGAACAUACGACCUCGAAAUUUGCAGCCCAAUGUCUACAUGGCUAAUAAAGAAGGCUGCUGGAGUUAACAGAGCCGCGGAAAAUCCAGGUACCUAUCGGAUUUUAUUUAUUUGUAGUCGCGGAUUAAUUGUAUCUUUUUUAGGGGAAAUUUGUGGUUUUCUUUCCGUAAAGCAUAUUUAUGAAAUCGCGAAAGUAAAAUCUGCAGAUCGGGCUUUAACAGGUGUUCCACUGAAGGUACGUCUAGUCAUUAUUUUAAUUGUUGGUUUAGGAAAUUUGCGAAAUGUUAAUCAAGACCUGCCGGACAUGCGGAGUCAAGGUGCAGAAAGAAGACUUGGAUCCCGAGGUGUUAGGUCCUUUUUUGGAAAGUCGAAAAGAAAUUGUAGCUCAGCAGUUACAAGCAUGGGCCGAUAAGAAGGCUGCGAAGAUGCUUAGAGGAUAA